CACAAAAUAGGUAAAAAAAAUGUCGUGAUUUUUUUUCAUUUUCCCGCUCCUCCUCUUUCCUCUUCUCUGCUUCUGCUUCAACCAUCGCCAUCGCCGCCGCUGCUUCUGUCGUCGUCAUCACAACCGUUGUUUCUGCCAUCGCCGCUUCUGAGAUGAAGAACGUAUUCUCAAGGUUAUUGCAUUAUUGAUUCUCCCCCAUCCACCCACACAACCAAACGCUUCGACUUACCCUAAUUUGAAGAAAUUGGUCCAUGAUUCUGCUUAAUUCAAGUUUCCCAGGUAAUCGGAAACAAAUGGGACACUUACCUUGACCCUCUUCUAGCUGAUUACACCGAAGGGGUCCACUUGGUUUGCUUUAGAAAUGAAAGCGAUAAGUGAUGAUUGUGAACGGUUCAUCGCUUUUCAUUCUGGACAUAUAUAUUUAAGAAAACAAGGUGGAUUGGAUUCAUCACUUAUUGCUGCUGUAGCAUCACGUUACUUGGAAGAAAUGGAAGGAGGUUACCAAUGGGGUUCAGAGUUGCACUCCUUUUGCAUUGGACUGGAGGGUUCUCUAGAUCUCACAGCUGCAAGAGAAGUUGAUGAUUAUCUUUCAACUCGUCAUCAUGGGCUUACAUUCACUAUUCAGGUAAUUUCCUCACACAAAAUCAUAGUCAGCGAAGUUAAUUUCGUUGUGGACGGUUGCUUAAACGACUAACAUCUACCUGAAAAACUAGUUAGAGAGAUGGUCCCUCAAUUUAAUUAGUUUUGAAUGGCUACUAAGUACUAAAACUAUUACAUCAAC